CGCUGUCCUAGCCCGUGGCAGGUACCUGUUGAGGAUCUUGGUGACGAUGAGCUGGACCCAAGUGAGUUCUGCUUUGGAUCUAUCACACAACCUGAAUGGCCUUGUGAGGCAUGACCCUGGAAAUGCUUAUGCAGCAGCACCAGAGCUCACAGCCCACCCUUGCCAGAGCCCAGCGUGUGAAAGAGAAAUGGAAUUGUGGCUGUUAAGCAGAGCAUUUCCUCAUCUGGACCUGCUCCUGAUUCUGGUUGUAUGGAGAGGUGAGCUCCUGUAGCCCAAAGGGUGGCUGAUGGCUGUACUCUGGGACCUACCUUGUUUAUAUACUGACUUGGCCUCCUGCCUGUGCUCCAGCAUUGCGUGUGGGUAGUACCAAUGGAAACUCCUGAACGUGAAGCACGUGAAAGACCAGUAGCACAAUAGCACCUAUACGUGAAACAUCCUGCACCCAGGAACCCACUUUGAGCUUUGUCCUCCUACAGUUUUCUCUGAAAAAUAAAAACGAGACUCUCAGAAGACCUACCUCUAAAAAUUGUCAUCCUGGUUGCUACAUUCCAGCCUGGUACCAAGGUUCGUAGCUGAUUGAACUUCCUCUUCCUUGAACACUGCUUUUGGUGUCCAGUAUCUCAGAGCUUCCCAAGAUGAAGGUUGCCUUCUGCGAGUGUGGUACAUCUCUCUGCUGCAGAAUGCUCUGUUGAAGCUGGGACAACACCAUUCCAGAGGCUGAAUUCUCAUUUCUAGUGGGCAGCUUGUUCAGAUUCUUCACUUGUAGGGACAUGCGUGUUGGCUAGAAACAAGGUAUCACCUGCAGGGCUGAGAAUGACAGUUUCCAAUGGAUCAAUUUCCAAACUUGGAGGUACACCCUCUGGACAACAGUGCAGGGAAGAAUCUUCCCAGAAGUUCAUCGUCUCCUAACCAGCUAUUGACUUGUUUAUGUUGCUUUACACAGGAGCAUGCCGAGUUCAUAGUCCAAAUCAGACAGUAAUUUUAUAUCAAACUGUGUUCCAGGUGCCGCCGUUCUUAUCUGGAUUUGUUUUUCCAAAGCACUACUAAACCAGAAAGAUAUUCAGAUGUCUGCAAUGAUGAGAUCAAAUUUUAGCUUCAUUAAUUCCCAUGAAACCUAGCAGAAGUUGUACAUGUGUGACCAAGCACUGAGAGAGAAUUCAGCCCUUCAGAGGUUAGAGAGAUCAUGGUUUCAUCUAGUGCCAUUGAAAUGCCACCGCCUCUGCUUUGGAGCUGACACAUAACUGCCAUCCACAGUACACAGCGCUCCUUGUGCUCUAGGACUCCGCUCAGAAGGGUUAGGGAUUUGGUUGUCUGAAUGAGAAGAAAAACGGUUGAGUAUGAUCAGAAAUGUGAUCUAUAAGAGCAAACACUCACGAUGAGAAUGCUGUGAAACACGUUGGCCAAAAUUCAUCAUUUUAUACCAUCAGGAAACUUGGCCCGAUAAAUUACAGUCAUGUAAAAUAUGGAAAAUAAGAUACCAAGCUGUGUCUACAAAAGCGUAGCCUGGCACACAGGUGUUUACAUUGGCAAUUUGGUGGAAUAACAGAAAAUCAGUCAUCUUGCUGAAGAAUCUUAGGUCUUUUGCAAGACAUCUUUUUCUUAUGUGCUAUGUGUUCCUGAUCUGCGCUGAGCCAUCUCCACAAAGUAAGUUUCAUCUCUUCUGAAUAAAUGAAGAAAGUGACUAUGAAAGCACAGCAUCUACCUUCUGUUUCCAUCAAUGAGGAGAAGUCUAUAACCAGAGAGCAGCUCAGUUCUCUACUCAAGACAUAUAACUCUUACUAUUCUGAUCAAGAAAACCUGCAGCUGUCAUAUAAUCAGCCAGAAGGCAGCAAACCAUUUAUUGAAGGAAUUUUGUCAAUAUUUUGGGGAGUCCGACAUCCUAUCCAAUUAAAAAUUCAGGAUGAGAAACAGAUACCCUCUUUUGUUACCCUUAAGUCCACAGAGAAUGUGGAUCUUUUCACCAGUAAAAGAGGAAUGACACGCUGGGGCGAAUUUGAUAAUCUGCAUCGUAUUAGUGGGGAGACAUUGAAAUCUGCAGAAGAGAAGUUGAACCUGGAAAAAAGUUAUUCAUGUUAUGAAAGCAGCACUCUGAAGUCCAAGAGCGAGCAGGAACGUGACUCUGCUACCUUGCCCAGAGCCCUAAGCGAUGCUGCGGUGGUGAGGAAGAGGACCAAGUUCCCCAUGAUAGCAAGAACAGAAGUGGAAACUCACAGGUUUUCUAUUAAUGGCCAUUUCUACAACUACGAGACAUCAGUUUUUACCCCAGCUUUUGGAUCAGAAACCAAAAUAAGAAUCAACAGCCGUAUGAGAACAAGAGAAGUAAUAGAGCAAUUGCUUCGGAAGUUUAAGAUAGAAAACAGUCCACAUGAAUUUGCACUUUAUAUUAUCCAUGCAUCAGGAGAAAAGAAGCAGCUGAGGAGUGGGGACAUUCCCUUACUGCACAGACUCUUACAGGGGCCUUCAGAGAAGAUUGCCCAGUUUUUUCUCAUGGACAGGGAUGCAGAGGAGGUCAGCAGUGAUGUUGCUCAAUACAUUCAGUUUCAUCUUCCUUUUUUGGAAGCAAUUCUGCAUAGACUGAAUGAAGAAGAAGAACAGGAGAUUCAGCAGACAAUUGCAAAAUACCUUAAAGAGAAGAGUAUGAUAUGCCAGCACCUUCGCAGUCGAACUGUUAAAAAAACAGAGACUGCUGUUUGAUAUGAAUGGCCUUUUGUGAAUACUACCCACAAGCUGUGCCAAAAAACAGUCAGUAUGUUGUCUUGAUCUUGGAAAUAUUAAGAACAUGCCAUAACUGAAGAACACUUACACCACAAGGGCAUUUAAAUUCCUAAAGUUUGUUUGAUGAUUAUGCAACUGAGACUGAACCUGCUUCAUUACAGCUCUGGAAUACAAGUUGAGAACCACCUUAGUAGAUGCAUGAAACCCUCCAAAUGACAAAUGCUGACUCUAACUCUGACCUGCAGAAGGGGGAAAAAAAUCCUGCGAAAAGCACAAGGCUUUGAAAUCAACUUAUUUCCAUGCCUUUACCAAAAGUGUUGCAUAAAAGAAAAAUGUUGUAAUAACCAAUGUGUUAAGCAACCAAAAAAAAAAAAAGGAAGUACAUGCAUUUUCUUCUAUUAGAGAAAUGCUGAUUUCUAUUAGAAGGAAGCUAUUUAGUAGAUUUAAGUGACAAAGGAUAUUUAGGUAUCUAAGACUGCAUUUAGGCUUUUCAGUUAACUUGAAAAAACACCUACACAAGCAAGGUGCCUGAAAUACCACUCGUUUUAGAUUGAUCAUUACCUAACUCACUUAAGGUUUGAGCUACCACUUGCAUAACAGACACGGAAAAUCUUCUGCUUUAUAGCUACUAAACUCUUCAACGUAACAGUGAAUUUCUUUCUCAAAUGCCUAUGCCUCUGGAACUGUGAAGUAGGAGCUCUUGUGAAGUUUUGUUGCAUCUGCUUGAUCAGCUUCUGGAUGACACCUCAGCAGGUGUUUUUUUUUGUUGUUGAAACGAAGUGAUUACUUGUGCCUCUUCAUGUUUUAUGUUUGAAGACUAAAGUGAAAAGUGUUCAGUGAGAAAGGUUGAGAAGGGUUGUAAUUUUAGUCAUGGCCAUUGUGGGGGUGUGAAAGGUUGGGCUGGCAUCCUUCCCCUGUGAUCCCGGAGAUGCAGUUUUUGGACAGUGUGUGUGGCCCCAGCACAGUGCACAGUAGUCAAUUAUUAGGUCCUGUCCAGUCAAGUCCUGCUGAGUAGUAAAGCUGAAGUUGGCAGAGAUGUAAAUAAAAUUGAAGUCAUGCACAAACUGCCCUCCUGUAUUGGUUAGCUUUUAUGUGGUACCUGUGUUCCUCCUCAGCUCUCACUUGCUUAUGCAGAAGACAAAGAAUAAAUACUUUGUGAGGGAGGGAAUCGCAGCGCGCAGAAAGUGUUGCUUAGAAAUCAUGUGGAAUAAAUGAGAUAAGAUCAAAACUAUUCUCCCCUUGAGGUGGUGUUAUGUGGAUGGCAAGUCAAAAAUGAAAAGCAGAUGUGCUAAUUGAAACUAUUGUGCUUAGGGCAAGUAGUUUAUAUUAAUGUACAGUCUGUUAUAACCCUAUCCAUGAAGAUUUAUGACAGAGGAGGACAGAGGGUUAAGAUACAUGCUACUAAGAAGCAGUGGCCUUAGAGGUGUGAAUGUCAGUUCCUUGAAGUAACAAAAGCAUGCAUGGAAGUGUCACUGGAAUUUCCCAAGGGAACCAUUCAAAUAUUUAUUUGCCAAGUUUUUGGAGAUAUGAAGCUCUGUGCAAGACAUCAGCGAUUAUACUUACAGGGUAAGGUCAAAUUUUAAGGAAGUCUCAAGUAGUCUACAGUUCAGUUACUGCUGUUGCGCACAACAAAGCCUAAGUUUGCAGUUUUAGCAGUCAUACGUUGAGCUUUUGGUUCAUCUGAAGCCAGAUACAUCUUGGGCACUAGCUGGCUGUUCUCAGGCACUAUGUAACUGCUCAAGUCAGUAUAGGAAAAGGUUCGUUUACUUGAAUUUCUGUCUUGGAUCUAUCUAAAUGGCUAUACUGAACAAAUGACAACUCAGCUGGAAAGCAAUAUUCAGAUAGCUGAAGUUCAUGAGCAGGGAGAAAAGAUAUUCUGCACUUGUUAGAGACUUAUAGCUGCUACAGAGCUCUCUGCCUGUGCUGCUGUGCUUGCUCAUCGUUUGAACCAGAGCAAAACUGCUCUUUUCAUUCAGUGGGCGCCUGUGGAGAGGCUGAAUUUCACCACAAGUAUAUUAAGCAGUCUGUGAUCCCAUCAAGCUAGUGAAGGAUGGGGCAAAAAAUGAAAUAUGGGAAUGAGCUUUUAUUCUUGUUUCUUGAAUAACUUGUUUUCAUAUUUUUUAAAAAAGUUCUUUUUUCUGGUAUAUAAUUGGAAUGGAAGUAUUAAGUCACUUAUGCGGACUGGUCUAUAUCUGCUACUGCUUCCAUUUAGUAAAUACUUAUGUCGUUGUAUGAAGGUAUAUUAUGAGAAUAUUGGAGCAAGAAACUUUCCUAAUUCAUUGCCCUGAAUUAUAAAUAUUCAAUGCACAGACCAGGUGGGAAAGAGGGGAAAUGUGUUCAACUAGGUUCUCCAAUUCUUUGUAUAUGUACACAGUUUCUAAAUUGAGCUUUUUUGCGAUCAUCUAACUUCAAAUACUUGAAUCCCCUGAAGUUCAUUUGUCUGGCUGAAUUGGGACUAAGUCAAAGAUAGUGGCAAAAGAACUGCGGAGCCUGGCACAGCUUAUCUGUAGCACGUGCUGGGUUUUAAGCGCUCGUGAAAUAAAGCUACCAUGUCACUGUGGUGACAGUUCUUCAUAGAUACUGCAGUCAUUUAAAUUAUGUGAUGAAUAUAGACAAGAACAAGGGAAGAAUUUAUUCCAAGCCAUUAUUGGAUAUGGAAAGUAACACAGUAAUGAAACAUGAAAGUGAAUACAAAAGUAGAGGUUUCUUUUGAAUUCAGGGCCUAAGACAUUAACAAUUUAAGGAAAGCAAACAAAUACAGUACAGGAUUUAUCUUAAUUUUCUACUAUCAUGUUACACAGUGAGAAAAGUCUUAAGUCACCACUGGAAUUCAAAGAAAGGAAAAACCCAAGCCACCUCCACGUAUUCCAGAGGACUGAUUUUUUUUUUUUCUUUUUUUAAUCAGAAC